ACACCGCUCUCCUCUAGCGGGUCCCCGCGGCCGGGGCAGACACUCCCCCGCAGCUACAGGAGCUGCCUUUGCAGAACAGGGAAAGGUCUGACGGGGAGGAACCGGCGGCGCGGCCGAGUUUCACAUCCUUGACUGUCCUUCUAUUUCUUGAAGAUGAAGAAAAUGAUUGUCUGCUUCCUUCUGCUGUUUGGACACACUCUGCUUUCCACUAUCUUUGUCAUGGCAAAAGAUCUCCCUGGACGACAAUUCACCCAAAGAAGGGAUGUUAACUCACAAUCUUUACUAGAAAAUACUUGCAACAACAAACGCCUGGACCUGGUCUUCAUCAUUGACAGCUCUCGCAGUGUACAUCACUAUGACUUUGAAAAAGUGAAGGAGUUCAUUUUAACCAUCUUGCAGUUUCUGGACAUCAGCCCUGAUGCCACCCGUGUAGGCCUGAUUCAGUACGGCAGCACAGUCAAACAGGAGUUUUCACUGAAGACAUUCAGGAGGAAACAGGAUAUUGAAAGAGCAGUGAGGAGAAUGAUGCACCUGGCAACUGGCACCAUGACUGGACUGGCCAUUCAGUAUGCAGUGAACAUUGCGUUUUCAGAGUCAGAAGGAGCUCGACCUCUGAAGCAGAAUGUGCCCCGAAUUAUCAUGAUUGUGACGGAUGGGAGACCACAGGAUCCAGUGGCAGAGAUUGCUGCUAAAGCACGCAACUCAGGAAUCUUGAUUUUUGCCAUUGGAGUGGGAAGAGUAGAUAUGAACACGCUGAAGUCUAUUGGCAGUGAACCACAUGAAGAGCAUGUGUUUCUGGUUGCUAAUUUCAGUCAGAUUGAAACACUGACAUCUGCAUUCCAGACUAAACUUUGUGUGCCCCAUAUGUGCAGUAUAGUUGAACAUCAGUGUGAUCACUUCUGCAUAAACACCCCAGGCUCCUACCUCUGCAGAUGUAAACAAGGAUACAUUCUGAAUGCUGACCAGAAGACUUGCAGCACUCAGGACCUUUGUGCUGUGGAGAAACAUGCCUGUGAGCAGAUUUGUGUGAACACACCUGGGUCUUACGUCUGUCAGUGUUAUGAAGGCUAUGAGCUUGAUGCAGAUGGAAAGAAUUGUAUUGUUGUAGAUUUCUGUGCUUUGGAUAAUCAAGGUUGCCAGCAUGAAUGUGUUAACACUGAGGACUCCUAUUACUGUAGAUGCCAUCCAGGGUACAUUUUAAAUCCAGACAAAAGAACUUGCAGAAGACCAGACUAUUGUGCUCUUCAGGACCAUGGCUGUGAGCAAGAAUGUGUUAAUACAGACAAUUCCUAUUUUUGUCGAUGCCAAGAAGGGUUUAGACUUAAUCCAGAUGAAAAAACAUGCAAAAGAGUGGACCACUGUGCUGAAAGCAGUCAUGGCUGCGAGCAACUGUGCCUGAAUACUGAUAGCUCCUAUGUCUGUCAGUGCUCUGAAGGAUUUGUCAUCAAUGAGGACCUAAAAACCUGCACACGAGUUGACUAUUGUGCUCUGAAUGAUCAUGGCUGUGAACAUUUGUGUGUAAAUGGCGACAGAUCUUACACUUGUCAGUGUUUUGAAGGAUACAGGCUUCGUAACGAUGGAAAAACAUGUAAACGUAAAAAUGUCUGCAGAUCAGUCAACCAUGGCUGUGAGCAUAUUUGUGUCAGUACUGACAAUUCCUACAUCUGCAAGUGUCGUGAGGGAUUCGUAUUGAGAGAAGACGGCAGAACGUGCAGGAGACGAGACAUCUGCAAAUCAGUCAGCCAUGGCUGUGAGCAUAUUUGUGUUAAUGAAGAUGACUCGUAUAUUUGCAAGUGUCAUGAGGGUUUUCUGCUGAGAGAAGAUGGGAAAACAUGCAGAAAUAAAGACAUUUGCAGUUCAGUUGACCAUGGCUGUGAACAUGUUUGUGUUAAUGCUGAUGAGUCAUACAUCUGCCAGUGUUAUGAGGGAUUUGCACUAAGGGAAGAUGGAAAAACAUGUAGAAAUAGAGAUGUUUGCAAUUCCGUUGACCAUGGCUGUGAGCAUGUUUGUGUGAAUACUGAUAGUUCAUACAUUUGCCAGUGCUAUGAAGGUUUUAUACUGAGAGAAGAUAAGAAAACAUGUAGACAUAAGGACAUCUGCAAAUCAGUCAGUCAUGGCUGUGAACACCUUUGUGUGAAUAAUGAAGAUUCAUACACUUGCCAGUGCCAUGAUGGAUUUGUACUGAGGCAAGAUGGGAAAACAUGCCGAAGCAAGGAUAUUUGCAAAUCAGUCAACCAUGGCUGUGAACAUAUUUGUGCUAAUGCUGGUGAAUCAUUUGUUUGUAAGUGUCAGGAGGGAUUCCUGCUAAGAGAAGAUGGAAAAACAUGCAAAAAUAAAGAUGUUUGCAGAUCGGUCAACCAUGGCUGCGAACAUCUUUGUGUUAAUACUGAUGAGUCAUAUAUCUGCAAAUGCCAUGAUGGGUUCCUACUGAGAGAAGAUGGGAAAACCUGCAGAGACAAGGAUGUUUGCAAUUCAGUCAGCCAUGGCUGUGAACAACUUUGUGUGAAUACCGAAGAUUCCUACAUCUGCAAAUGUCAUGAAAAAUUCAUACUGAGGGAAGAUGGAAAGACAUGUAGAUAUCAAGAUGUUUGCAACUCAGUUGACCAUGGCUGUGAACAUAUUUGUGUUAAUACUAAUGAUUCCUAUAUCUGCAAGUGCCAUGAGGACUUCAUACUGAGGGAAGAUGGGAAAACUUGUAGGAGUAAAAAUAUCUGCAAAGCAGUCAACCAUGGUUGUGAACAUGUCUGUGUUCCAACUGGCGAUUCAUACACGUGUCAGUGUCACAAGGGCUUUAUAUUGAGGCAAGACAGGAAAACAUGCAGGAAUAAAGACCUGUGUAAAUCCAUUGACCAUGGCUGUGAACAUGUGUGCGUUAAUAAUAACAAUUCAUACAGCUGUCAGUGCCAUGAAGGUUUUGUCCUGCGACAAGAUGGGAAAACAUGUCGAAAUAAAGAUGUCUGCAAAUCAGUUGCCCAUGGUUGUGAACAUAUUUGUGUUAAUAAUGAUGAUUCAUACAUCUGCAAAUGCCAGGAGGGAUAUAUAUUAAAAGAGGAUCAGAAAACAUGUAGAAGAUGCACUGAAGGCCCAUUGGACCUGAUGUUUGUGAUUGAUGGAUCAAAAAGUCUCGGAGAGGAUAAUUUUGAAAUAGUAAAACAAUUUGUCUUGGGAGUCCUGGAUACACUUGAGAUUUCACCCAAAGCUGCUCGAGUUGGUUUGCUUCAGUAUUCCAGUGAAGUUCGCACAGAGUUUACAUUAAGGCAGUUCAGCUCAGCCAAAGACAUGAAGAAAGCUGUGUCACAAAUGAAAUAUAUGGGUCGAGGUUCCAUGACAGGACUGGCUCUGAAGCACAUGUUUGAGAGAAGCUUCACAGAAACGGAAGGAGCAAGACCAUUUUCAGCACAUGUCCCUCGAAUCUCCAUUGUGUUUACGGAUGGACGAGCCCAAGAUGAAGUCUCUGAGUGGGCUGCUAGAGCAAAACAAAAUGGUAUAAUUAUCUAUGCCGUUGGAAUAGGACAAGCAGUUGAGGAAGAAUUGCUGGAAAUUGCUUCUGAGCCACCAUACAAACAUCUCUUCUAUGCUGAGGAUUUCACAGCUAUGGAGGACAUCAGCGAAGAGCUAAGAGCCCAAAUCUGUGAAGCCUUGAAAGAGUCAGCUCACCAGCAGGAUCCAUCAUCUGGGAGGCUUCAUAAGACUGGUCCACAGCGUUCAGGACCGGAAUCAACCACAAUAGCCAUCACAGAUGUCAUUGCCUGUCCUGAUCUUGCAAUACACCACAAGUAUCUUUUUGAAGACAGUCACACUCACUCAACGAGAACAACAGCAAAAGCUUCAAAAGACCAGUGCAAAUGUGAAAACCUUGUGACAUUCCAGAACUAUGCAACCAAUGAAGUAAGAAAACUCACCCAGCGAUUGGAAGAAAUGACAAAGAGAAUGGAAAACUUGGAAAACAGGCUAAAAUACUGACCAACAUUUGGAGGCUGUACUACCCUGUAUAUUUAUACAUGCAAACUCAUCAAGAGCUAUUUUCUUAAACUGGUCCUAAGAAAAAUAACAAAUCCUUAUGUCUGAAGUUGAAAAUAUUUUGGAUCCCUGCAUCUAUAUAUGUGUUCUGUCUUGCAUUGAUUGCAGAUUAAAAAAAAUUGAAAAUUUUAUAUAUAUAAAUGAUUUAGUAACCAGCAAAAAUUCUAACUAAGCAGAACUAAACUGAAGUAAGCUAUGCAAAACAAUAAAAUGCUGUUAUUUUUUGAAGUGAAACCUCUAUGUUUCGAAGUACUUUUAGGGUAUGAUUUAUUUGGCUUACUUUUCUCUAUUUCUCUCCUCCACUCACUCUACUAGUAUUUUAAGCAUCCCUGUUUGUAUGGAUAUAUACAGUUUUAUAUAUAUAAACAGAGAAGUGGGACAGCAUUCUCAGCAAUUAGGUUUCACAGUCUUCAAACAUCAGUCGACUACUGAAACCAGCUGUUAAGUAAAAAUACAAAUUCAUGUUGAAACUGUGCUGAAAGUGGGAAGUCUGCUGGAUUAUCAAGGUAUCAUAUGAGGUUUCAAGUACUUUUACCACAUCCAGACCAUGUAACUUCUCUCUGCUGUUCCUUGCUCAGCAUUAACUUUCCUAAAUGCAACUAGUAUUUUACUAAUGAAGACCUUUUCUGAGCAAUACAACUAGCUGCAGGCCUGUUUGUGC